CUCAUUCUGAAGCCGUUUUGCUGGUAUUCGUCGCAUUGUUCCCUGAUAUAAAAACAUCUCCAGAACUCGUCAGACUGAUGUUCUGGAUUAUCUUGUUUUCUCCCUGUAUCUCUUGUCUCUUCCUGUCUCAUCUGUCUCCUCUGUCUCCUCUGUCUCUCCUGCAUCUCCUGCAUAUUCACUGCGCACGGCUCCUUAUCCACGCUAAGAGGUUCGAGGCCAGAGCAGAAAAUGGAAAAAUGGAGAAAAUGCUUCGCUAGCUGCACCCACUACUGUACAAAAAGUAUUCACUACCACUCCACUACCAUUCACUCCACGACCACUCACUGCCAACCCGACUACUGCAACUUCAUCCACUAGCCCUUACCCCAGCCCGACUAACUAAACCACCCCAUGCCAAAUUCAAUUCGUGAUCCUAUCCCUCUCUCCACUCUCCGCCGCUCACUUUACUACCCUACCACCUUACCACCUUCCAGCCCUUGCCUGUUCCCUCCUGUUCCCUGCAAAAACUAACAACCUCAACAAAUAAACUCUACUACUCCCCUUCCGUCUCUCUAUUCUUGAAUUCCCUCUCCAUCUUUCUCUACUUUCUAAACUCUAUAAUCUUACUUUCUCUCAAUAAUUUCCUUAAUAUACUCUCCUCUCUUUCCCCACAACUGUCUCACCCCCCGCAAAAAAAGACCUUCACGAAACGAGAGAUCAGAUCACAUCACCCCACAAUCUAUCGCUUCAAACAGUCAUUCCAUCCGUCACCGCCGGCCGCCCUGUCAACGCUAGCACUACCACCCAUAAAGAGUCGAAGAGUCGAAGACCAUCAUCGAUUCCUCGCCUAUCCACGAUAUCGUCACAACGACUCGCUGCCCUGACACAGGCAACAGACGAUCUAGACGGGCCCCCCCACGGUUGUCUCAUGCUGCGAAACUAAACGUGCGGAUCUCCGACGUGUCUCGUCCUCCGGUCCUGCAUCCGCGAUUACAAUCCGUCCCAUGAGAGGCGGGCCACCACCAACCUUGACCGCCACGGGCACCAGGAAGAGGAGGAUAAAAGGACACGAGUCUAGGUCGCUUCGACCAUAAACAGACAUAUAUCGCCUCUCCCCCCCGAACCCCACCGACUCCGAGGCAGCCCACGCUCCACGCACGCGACUAUGGCCGUAGUAUUAUCAGCCGACGAGAAUCGGUAUUUCUCAUCCAGUUCGCUCAAGAGGUCGCACUCGGGGAAGUUCACAAACUCGUCAUACGCGCCUCUUGCGCCCUCGCCCUCGAAAUCAGACCUACAUAGCCAGAUCUCCUACAACACCGUCUCCUCACCCCUGGCAUCCUCUCCGCCGCCCGCACACUCGCCACCGCCUACGGUCCACACCGCCGAUUCCACCACCGAAUCCUUCUCUACUACCGAAUCUUUCCCCUCCACACCCGCGAGCAGCAUAUCCUGCGCAGACGACCAGGACGACGAUCAGAUCGUGUUCCCCUCGUAUGACGAGGUAGGAUACUACGAUCAGGACCAAUCCGAAGAUCUGGAGCCACCUGCGAGUCCACGCGGCAAUGGGGAGUCAUACACCGUUUCGCCCACGUCGAAUACUGCCUCGACGGACGCGUCGCGACCCGAUUCUCCCGAGCUCGUCGAGCAUGCCGAGGACGACACAGCGAUACGGUCGCAGCCGUCGCGGCAUGUGGAUUACUUAUCACAUAAUUGGCGGGAGGAGGAUAUUUGGUCGUCAUGGCAGCAUAUCGUAUCGAAACGAGGCAACUACAGCAAUAGCGCCAGGUUAGAAAACGCGUCUUGGAGGACUUGGAUCAAGAACAAGUACAAGCUCAAGACUGUGUCGCCCGAAACGCUGAAUUGGCUAAAAGACUGCGACGUGACCUGGCUCUACGGGCCCCUCCAAACGGGCUCCGGCAAACCCUUCAUGCCCCCCCCUUCCCCCAUCGGCAGCCGCCGCAUCUCGAAAUCCAACUCCUUCCUCCACAAGAAGCCCAUCCUCAAAAAACGCAGCAUGUCCGAGAUAAUGCUUCAGCGCUCCCUCUCCGCCUCCUCCCUCCUCAAACAAGCCGCCGCUGCCGUGCAAGCCCAACAAUCCGGCGCCUCCCUCUCAUCCUCCUCGCACGACCGCCCGUACAUGGGCCGCGCCAUCUCCGACUACGGCGCCUUUUCGCUCGUUUCUCGCCGCCGAAGCCGCGAAAACACUAGCCUGCUCCCCUCGGUCACGAGCUCGGGCAUCACAUCCCCCGGCGCGGAGAAGAGGCAUAUCCACUUCAAUGAGCAGGUGGAGCAGUGCAUCGCGCUCGAGAUGAAGGGGGAUGACGAUGACGACGAUGCGAUUGCGUACCCGUCCGACGGCCUCGGCGACUCCGACGACGAUUCAGACGACGGCGCGAUCAUGAUGAAGCGCUCGUCCUCGAAACGCAAACUCCCUCCCCUUGCCAAGAAACCGGCUCCGGUCACCCCAAACACCGACAUCGAGACAAUCGCCAUGCUACCCUCCACAACUCUUAAGUACCGCGAAGACACCCCUGAACCGCCGGAGUCGGCGCUAAAACACAGCAGCAGCUGGUCCCUCUCCAUCUCUCCCUCGCCAUCACAAGAGACACUCCGCCCUUCAUCCUCCUCUUCCACCGCAACAGCGCGCUCCUUCUCCUUACCAGCAUCAUCCGCACUCGACGAUGACGACGAUUGGCCGCCCCCACCGCUCCCACCGCGCCGCGACAGCGUGUCGCUCGCCCAAGACCGGUUCGCGGGACUGCAGAUCUCGGAGGAGGCGCAGGUGGGGGGGAUGAGGCGCACGCCGUCGGGGAUGUUUAUGCCGCUCGAAGAGGACGAGGAUGAUAUUGUGGGAGAGGGGUUGUUUGGGAGGGUGGUGGAGACGGUUAAUACGGCGAGGGAUAUUGCGCAUGUUAUUUGGAAUGUGGGGUGGAGGAGGUAGUUGGGGUGGUCGUGCGCUGUUAUGCGCUGUGGUGUUUUGUUCUUUGAGCAUGGGAUACGUGGGGUAUUACCCCCUCCUCUGUCUGGGCCUCAGAACUCUAUGAGCACUGUAUGGACAUACCGUUCAUCCCAUCCCUGACCAGCUACCUCUCCCUCUCUCGUCCAACAAACUUCCAGUCCACACACAACCGAGGACACGGACAAAUUUUUUGCUUACAAACGGCGUUAUCAUUUUAUUGUUUUUUCACGGAAAGGGGGAUCAUCAUUGCAUUGCGUUGCGCGGGGUCGGCCGGUUCUGCUAUCAUGUCUGCGUUUUUUUGCGUUGCGUUUUGUUUUGUUUUAUUUUUAUUUUUUCCUUUUUUUCUCGAACUCUCUCUCUCCCGAAACAUGCGCGUGGGGAUGAUGAUGACGUUCUGCUUGUUUUUGUUUUGUUUUUUCUACUUACAACUUCCUUCUUCUUUCUUUCUUAUUCCUUCUUCUUACUCUGUAUAUGAACAAUCGGGACACUGAAGCGGGAAACUUUGUGCGAACGCGGGUGGGGCGGAGGCGGGGGGUAUUAAAAAGCAUUAGACCUCGAUGAUCGAUGUUAGGUUUUUUUUUUGGGGUCUUGGUGUUUAUGGUGGGG